AAACAGAAUAAAUUAGUAACAAUGUCUACUCUAUACAAGACAGCUGAAUCAGUAAAAAACAAAUCCAAUGAAAAGACAAAAGAUAAGAGAAUUAACAAGCAAAGAGUCAUGAUGCUGUCCUCUCGUGGUAUUACCUUUCGCUAUCGACAUUUACUUACCGAUCUUGAAGCUUUAUUACCUCAUUCUAAGAAAGAUGCUAAACUCGACACAAAAAACAACCUUUACAUUUUAAAUGAAUUAGCCGACCUCAACAAUUGUAAUAAUGCUGUAUUUUUCGAAGUUAGAAAGAAACAAGAUUUGUAUGUAUGGAUGGCUAAGACACCUAAUGGUCCUUCAGUAAAAUUCCAUCUUCAAAAUUUGCAUACUUUAGACGAAUUAAAAAUGACUGGCAAUUGUUUAAAGGGAUCUAGACAUAUUUUAUCUUUUGAUAAAAACUUUGACUCUGCACCACAUUGGAGUCUUUUAAAGGAAUUAUUAGGCCAAAUUUUUAAUGUUCCUAAGGGAUCUAGACGCUCAAAACCUUUUAUUGAUCAUGUUUUAUCCUUUUCUAUUGUUGAUAACCGUAUUUGGUUUAGAAAUUAUCAGAUUGUUGAAAAAAAUGCACAAAAUACACCUGGAUAUAAUCCUUUAGAUAAAGAAGAUAUUUCAUUAAUUGAAAUUGGUCCUCGUUUCUGCCUUACUCCUAUUCGUAUCUUUGAAGGCUCCUUUGGUGGUCCUACAGUCUUUGAGAACCCAGAAUUUAUUCACCCUAACUUUGUUCGUGCUGCUAUUCGUAAAGAAAAACUUCAAAAGUAUAACAUAAGACAAAAGAACUCUAUGGAACGUGAAGAAAGAAUUAAGAUGGCCGAAGAAAGUAGAGAAACAGAAGCUAGUGAUAAGCGUGUUUUCCAAUAGAUAAUAAAUUUUCUAAUAGUCAAAUGUAUAUUGUAUUUUAAAGGAUUUCAAAUAUACAGUUAUUCUUAGUAUUUUAUUUUA